AUGUCGGACAUCUCCACGGAUUCUAACAACGACACGCUGCCGCCGGCUGAGGCUACCGACUACAACUUCCCCGCGCUCAUAUUCGGGGUCCUGCUGAUUGUGACGGUGAUCGGUGGGAACGUGCUGGUGUGUCUGAGCGUGUACCUGGAGAAGGCUCUGAAGACCACCACCAACUACUUCAUAGUCAGCCUGGCGUUCUCAGACCUGCUGCUGGCGGUGCUGGUGCUGCCGCUCUUCGUGUACGCAGAGUUUCAGGGUGGAGUUUGGUCCUUGAACAUGCUGAUGUGUGACGGCCUGAUGACCAUGGACGUGAUGCUGUGCACCGCAUCCAUAUUCAACCUGUGUGCCAUCAGCGUGGACAGGUUUAUUGCUGUGUCCAUUCCGUUAAACUAUAACCGUAAACACGUGGACCACCGUCAGCUCAUCCUGCUGUCGGCCACCUGGCUGCUCGCCCUUGCCGUGGCCUCGCCCGUCAUCUUCGGCAUCAACAACGUGCCGGACCGCGACCCCAGCGAGUGCAAACUGGAGGACAACAACUACGUGGUAUACUCUUCGGUCUGCUCCUUCUUCAUCCCCUGCCCCAUCAUGGUGUUGCUCUACUUCGGGGUGUUCCGUGGGCUGCGGCACUGGGAGGUGGCCCGCAAACUCAAACUGCGCAGCAGCAUCGAGGCCUGCAGGAAGCUGCAGCAUGCCGCCGUGGCCACCGCUCUCCCUCCACUGGCAGGCACCAUCCCCGGGCCGCUGCCCAUGCCUCUGCCCAGGAUCAUCGAGAGGGACCUGGCCCAGUCUCGGCUGGACGACUCGGGCGACUACAUGCAGCAGGAGAUCCCUUACCCGCGGCAGUACAGAGAGAAUUCGGUGCCCACGAUAACGUUCAGCCAGCAGCUCAACAGGAAGAAGAGAGCCAAGAUCAACAGCCGGGAGAGGAAAGCCAUGAAGGUGCUUCCUGUCGUCGUAGGUUGCUUCUUGUUCUGCUGGACGCCGUUCUUCGUGGUGCACACGAUGCGAGCCCUCUGUGUGUCCUGCGACAUCCCGCCCGGCCUGAUGAGCACCGUGACCUGGCUGGGCUACGUCAACAGUGCCCUCAACCCCGUCAUCUACACCAUCUUCAACACAGAGUUCAAGAAGUUCUUCAAGAAGUGUUUCCGCAGCUUCUGCUGACGGCAGAUUUUCUUCUCAAGCGUGGAGGUCGUCGGCCUGUAAACUCGUGUCUGAGCCGGAUGUGGAUGUUUGUUAGUAUCUGACAGGAAACACACUGUUUCUGUUGAUAUAUAUCACAUUUCUGGGUCCGUUUUUAUCAUUCUGUGAUGCUCUUUCUUGAUCCUGGGGGAUUACUGCCCAAACUAAAUGAUGAUGUCUGGAAGGAAAGCUGCGGAAAAACAGCUAAACACACUCUGCCGUCUGUCUGAAAGGAGAUUUCGUCUGUACAGCACUUCUUUAUAUCUCAGCCUUGGAUAAAGUUAUGGUCCGCCCGUUCCAGUAAACUUGUGGGAUUUGUGCAGAGCCUGGUCUGGCCUGGAAAGAUCAGCUCAGGGUGAAAAUGCAGACGGACUGAAUAAACUUCAACCAGACCUGAAUGUCAAACAGCAGCUUCAUCCUGUAAGAGUAGACUCUGAUCUUCUGUUUCUCAUUCGAGAUGAGGAGAAAUCUCUUGUCCUCUUUCUGUUGAGAGU